ACUUAAAAAAAUAACAAAGUAGUUUAGCUUCAGCAUAUUCAAAACCCUUCCAAAACCCCAAUUCUGCAAAUUGAGAGAUUGGAGAAAGUUCCUUCGGACAGAGAUUUCGAGUCUCGGAACGAAUCCACUAUUUGCAGAGAUUAAGUGAAAAGUGAACAAUGAACAAGGAUAAGAUAUUCAAGUUAGCCAAGGGCUUCAGGGGAAGGGCCAAGAAUUGCAUAAGGAUUGCCAGAGAGAGGGUGGAGAAGGCCUUGCAGUAUUCCUACAGGGAUCGCCGCACCAAGAAGCGAGAUAUGCGCUCCCUGUGGAUCCAACGCAUCAAUGCUGGCACCCGCAUCCAUGGUGUUAAUUAUGGGAAUUUCAUGCAUGGGUUGAUGAAGGAGAACAUUCAGCUGAACAGGAAAGUUUUGUCAGAGCUGUCCAUGCACGAACCAUACAGUUUCAAGGCCCUAGUAGACAUCUCUCGCACUGCCUUCCCUGGGAACAAGAACGUGGUUCAUGCUCCCAAAAAGGAAGGCCUUUCAAUGCUUGUGUAAUUGGCCAUUUAGUUAAAUGCAUCUUUGCUUAAUAUUUUAGUGCUUGUAUGGAACAGAACUUUCUGAGUCUCUUGUUUUGGUCUUUUUGUCCUUUAGAUUUUGAUCAAGAUUAUUGCUUGUUAAUGCAAAUUUUAGUGAAGCUGCAAGCAUUUCUCUUUAUUUCCU